AUGGAUACAUUUAAUCAUUACAAUCAUUCAUGGCAUAAAAUAAAAGAACAUUACAGCGACCCGCGUACAUCUGAUUUAUUCAUGAUGAGCUCUCCACUACCAGCUGCAAUCAUUUGUCUAGCCUACUUCAUAUUCGUUUCCAUGGGACCAACACUUAUGGCCAAUCGGCAACCAUUCAAGAUUCGUGAGCUCUUAGUGGUUUACAACUUUGCCAUGGUUGCUCUAUCAGGCUAUCUCUUCUACGAAUUUCUUGCUGCUGGUUGGCUGAAUGGAUAUUCACUUGGUUGUCAACCUGUUGAUUAUUCUCGGUCACCACAAGCUAUGAGAAUGGUUCGAGUUUGUCACUUAUUUUUCCUCUCUAAAUUCAUCGAGUUAUUAGACACAGUCUUCUUUAUAAUGAAGAAAAACUUCCGACAGGUAACCGUUUUACAUGUCAUUCAUCACGGUAUUAUGCCGAUAAGUUGGUGGUUCGGCGUGCGAUUUGUUGCUGGUGGUUUCGGAACAUUCCAUUCGUGUAUUAAUUCAUUUAUACAUUUUCUUAUGUAUUUGUACUAUGCGCUCGCGGCACUCGGUCCAGAAUAUCAAAAAUAUCUGUUUUGGAAAAAGUCCAUGACUUGGAUGCAAAUGAUUCAAUUCAUGCUUGUUAUGAUUCAUACUUCACAAUUGUUUUUCAUGAAAUGCAACUAUCCAAUUCUCUUUGCUUAUUGGAUAUUUGCGUACGCCGUCAUGUUCUUACUCUUCUUCGCCAACUUCUAUAUUCAAUCAUAUAAGAAGAAAUCUCCGUCGACAACAUCGAAAUCUGAACAAAACACGGCCAAUAAAAAUGGCUACAAAAAACAUCAAUAA